AUGUUUAUAUCGAUAUUUGGGGGCAAUUUUAGUGACAAUUUAAGGAGCGUUUGUCUGAAGUCUACUCGCUUUACAGAUCGGUUGGAUUUGUUGAAAGAGUUGACCAAAAAUCGGCCAAAUGUACAGCACGUCCACCACUCCCAGCACUCCAUUGGCUUUCAUUUGGAUCAUAAGAAAUGCAAACAAGUGUUGAAAAUUAGUGGUCGAGAACUCAUUGACAUAUCUGUGACGGCAUUCCUCUCCGAAUACGAGAAAUACCUCUUCCUUUUCGUCGACGUUUCGGUCAAACACUCAAAUCAUAGCAAUAGUGGCCUCAAUAGCACUCAAGCCUUGUUUCGUAUGGAUUUUGGAUCAAUUGACUACAGUCUUGGCGUGAACAUCGGCCAAAUGCUUGUGUUUUGGAUGAAAAAAACGGAAAUUAAAAACAAUGAAUACAUCAUUGAGUACAACAAGAACUUCAAGCAACGGAUCCAAACCCAUGGUUUCGCAGACGAUAUGAUUGAGGAACAGUUGCUUAUCACUGACUUUGAUGGCAGUGAAGAUAUACUGGUGUCGGCAACACAAGCCAUGUCUGUCGGCGAUAUCACUUUGAACGGGUCUUAUCUGAUAGUUUGUGGACAACUAAACGGGAAAAGCUAUACUUUUGACAAAUGCAAACCAAUACAAUCGGACGAAUACAUCAAUUGUGAAUGUAGUGGAAGACUAGAUGAAUAUAUGGGCGACAUGUAUGUCAUUGUUAUCUUCUGGGGAGUGGUUCUGAUACUAGCGAUGCGUCCGUUAAUGGAAAUCGUGAGAGAAGAGGGCAAAAGAGGAAACAAAGUUUACUAUCAGUUUGUGAAUUGCAAUGAAAGGAAUGGUGAGCACAGAUAUGCUCUCGUUUUUCGUUUCGCAAAGGGGACCAUCGAUUUCGACCUCAAAGACAUCGUUAUUGACGUCGAGUUCUUCGGUGAGAGCAACGAAAGUGUUGCGCCACAAAUGCGAUUUAAAGCCGAUUUUCUUGAGACAAAAACAGUGGUCGAUAUACAGAUAACUCAGAUACGAAUGACAAAACUGCCAAAACUGACACGAGUUGUCUGCAGCCAUAACGGAGACAUGGAGUCGAAGAUACUUUUGAUGGGCGUCUUAGUGAAGGGCAUUCAUAAUGAUAGAGAACGACUGGAUUGGUUUCCCAUCCGGAAGAAUAUUAUCAGAAAUAGCAGACAAUUCAAUCUGAGAGCCAAAGAUCCUGAAACGGACACCAAAGUGGAGACACCCCUCAGACACAUAUCCAUCAAUCAGAUCAGCCUAUCAUUCCUGGAAUUACUUUGGAUUGUAUUCCUCGACAUCUCAUUCAUCGCAUCUCUGGUCGUAUUCAUGCCGUUACCGCUGCGACAGUCGUAUAGCAUAACAGAGGAGAUGGCAGUCACCGUCGGUAUCAUCACUCCUGUGGCCAUUGUUUUUCAUACACUAGUCGUUGUUCUCUACAAAUAUAUACUUGUAUUACAAAUGAGACAACAGUUGGCACUGAGCGCCACCGCCGAGAACAAUAUACAGCGAGCGAUACUUGUGCUGUACAUCACAUCCACAGCACUAGCGAUGAUAUCAGGGAUGGCAGUCGUGUAUCGCCACAAACACAACACAUUCCUCGAGACGUAUCAGUGGUUGUCUUGCGAUCUGUGUAUCACUGGUAUACUUGUGUUGGUUUACUCAGUGGUCUCGACGCCUAUGGAGUGCAAGUACUCGACGGCCGACACAAUCUGUUUAAACCAUUUGCGGACCGCAUUCUCGUCCAAUCCGUCGCCCUUUUCCAGUAAACCCAUCAAAUCUCCGCCGUCCGCCAAAUCAGUCACAAUAAACACAUACCUAUUCCUCCACUCAAACACUUUGUGUGUUUUUAUGAUAAACUCGUGGCGAAUCAUAUUCACGAUCUGCACCUCACGAGGAAUGUAUUUGUCUUUUAUUCUCACUUCCAACAGAUCCAGAUCUAUUAUCUUCACGGCCACUAACUGUGUCCCUUCUUUUCGAUCGUCGAAGAGUCGGACUGAUAGACGCCGUUCGCGGACCAAAGCUAAACCAGAAAAGCGGAGUCCGACGACGACCGGCACCAAAAGGUCUACCGUUAAAGUGAUCGAUAAGUCGUUGUCUAAGAUGACCGAAGACGAGAUUGGUUGCGUUCAAUUGGCUCCGGGAGUCGACCCAAUCGUUCAUCUGAAGAGCCAGGGCUACGAUUUGACGAGCAAUGAGAUAGGGAAAGGCGGCUAUGGAAAGGUUUACAUGGCGUAUACGAAGUUACCGCAGGAGACGGCACCGACAGACAAGCCAUCGCUUACUAGUGAGAAACCGUCCGAAAAGGCGGUCACAGAUGCGACACCAGCUGAGACACCCGCUGUAUCGCCGCCAAAACAGGUCAACACUUUGGUCGCGUGUAAAGUGAUUGAGAUUAAAGAAGACAGCCCAAGAAAGACGAGUCUCAAGAAACAAAUGCUCCACGAAUUGUAUUCACAGAGAGCUCUCAGUCAUGAGUUUGUGGUCCAAACUUACGCCGCGUUUGUCCUGUCUUUUGCUGAACAGCCCGGCGGUCCACUCCAGACAAACGCUUAUAUAUUUAUGGAGUACUCAAAAGACGGCGAUCUCGAGGCAGAGCUCAAAGGAAAUAAAGGACCGCUCGACGAACCGACAGCCAAACACUACUUCGGACAGAUAGUGUCCGGUAUGCGAUACAUCCAUAAGAACGGGAAAGUGCAUCGCGACCUCAAACUCGCUAAUGUGCUCGUAUUCCCGGCCAGAGGCCAGUCGGGAAAGGUCUGCAAACUCACUGACUUUGGUCUGUUAGACACCGCUUACAAAGACGAGACCGGAUACGAGAGGGAUACCCGAAUGGUCGGCACCCGUGACUAUUGGUGUCCCGAAAUUCUCAAUAAUGUAUUGUCGACAGCAAAGGGCGAACCACUUAAGAAAUAUGACAAGUUAGCGGCCGACUGUUGGGCGCUCGGCGUUAUUGCCUACCGCUUACUGACUAACAAAUUUCCGUUUCAAGUGCCGAUGAACCCCAAGAGUCCCCACCGCGCGGCGAUCCCUUCAAAUCAAGAGUAUAUCUCUGAGCUCACGGAAGUUAUUACCAAAAUGACCAAAAAAGACAUACCGUUCCCUAAAUCCAUACCAAUAGGCUCUCACUCCUGGGAUAUCAUCACCCGAUGCCUCGAUCCACGUCCCAACCAUCGCGUGAGGAUUGAUAAUAUCAUCGCUUCCCAGUGGUUAUACGGAGAGACCAGUUUGACACCUCUUCGACUCCUUAAGAAAUAG